AUGAGUGGAUCAAAAUCAACUCAAAAUACCGCUGCAUCAUUCAAUAAGAUCAGAAUGAACGGAUCAAAAGCGACUCAAAAUACUGCUACAUCUUCCAAAUCAACAGCAUCAUUAAAUAUUCGCCAACCACGACAACAUAUGGCACAAAGAUACCUUCUCGUCUGGGUAGAUGCCAGCAUCGAUCAAGCGGACAAGGAUUGCCAAUACACACUGACUCAAUUGAAGAACGUGGUGAAUGACGUCAGCCUAUGUACUGAACCUAAUCAGUGCCUCGAAAUACUCAACCAGGAUGGUCAUGAAAGAGCCUUUGUCAUAACAUCAGGCUCAUUAAGUCAACAUUUGGUUCCUGAAAUUCAUGGCAUACCAAAGCUAGGUGCCAUUUACAUUAUUAGUAAUAACAAAUCAAUACAUGAACGAUGGACACAAAACUGGACAAAAAUCAAAGGUGUCCAUAUAAACAUCCAAGAAAUUUGUGAAGCAUUGCAGUUGGCUAUUAAACAAUAUCAUCAAGACUCAAUAGCCAUGAGUUUUAUUACAGCAAAUGAAAUGGCUUCAGCUAAUAAUUUAAAUCAGUUGGAGCCAACAUUUAUGUACACCCAAAUAUUCAAAGAUAUUCUUCUUGAUAUGAAACAUGGUAAGCAAGCCAUCAAACGCUUUACUGCUUACUGUCGAAACAAUAACAGCGUGUCACCAAUCAAUAUUGACCGUUUUGAGAAAGAAUACCAUGCUCAUUCCGCUAUUUGGUGGUACACUUUUCCAUCGAAUAUCUUUUCUAUGCUCAAUUAUGGUCUUCGAACAUUAGACGCCGACAUAAUUAUUACUAUGGGUUUUUUUCUACGUGAUGUACAUUUGCAAAUUAAACAGUUAUAUGAACAACAGAUCAGUGCUUACGGAAAAAAGCCUUUUUUAGUUUAUUGA